AUGUCGCCGGAGAAGAAAGCGUCGGAGGGCAUAGCUUUGCUCUCGAUGUACGGGGACGAAGACGACGAGAUGGAAGACCUUGAUGAAGAGAGAGAAAACCCUCGUGAAGAGGUUGCUAACCUCCCUCCGGCGUUGGAUGGCGUCGCCGUGAAAGAUGACGAUGAUGUUAUUGUUGGAGAUUACGGAAAUUAUGGGAAUAUGCAGCGGCUACAGGAAGAGAGAGGUUUGAACGAUAGCUCUACUCCUAGUAAGGAAUUUAAUUAUGUUACUUCUUCGGCAUCUGCAACUCCACAGCAAGCUCUCUUUUCACCUCAGCAGCAGCAGCACCAGCAGCAACUGAGUAAAAAGAGUCGGAUGCUAAUUGUGGAUUAUGGGCACGAGGAGGGUGCGAUGUCUCCGGAGGCUGAGGGUGGUGAGAUCCCGGAAGCUGGUCGAGUGAUUUAUGGGGAGAUGCUUCAAACUAGUGAUGGUGAGUCUGGGGAGAAAAAAUCACCAGGAAUACCUCGGCUUACUACACCAAGCACUCAAGCAACACCACCUCAAUUGUUGGAGCCAAUUGAUCAGUCUGAACCAGACGGUAUGGGUUGUGCUGUAAAGGAAUCAGAAUCUGGAGGGACUGAGGAUGCAGUUAUGGUCUCUGUUGAAGACAAAAAAGAUGUUGACCCAUUAGACAAAUUUCUUCCUCCUCCCCCCAAGGACAAAUGCUCAGAAGAUUUGCAGGAGAAGAUCAUCAGGUUUCUUGCGCUGAAGAAAACUAGUGGCAGAAGCUUCAAUUCUGAGGUGCGGAAUAGAAAGGAGUAUCGGAACCCAGACUUUUUGCUGCAUGCUGUAACUUACCAAAAUAUUGAUCAGAUUGGUUCAUGCUUCACAAAAGAUGUCUUUGAUCCUCAUGGAUAUGACAAAAGUGACUUCUAUGAUGAAAUAGAAGCCGACAUGAGGCGGGAAGCGGAAAGGAGGGAGCAAGAAAAGAAGAAAAACCAAAAGGUGGAUUUUACUUCUGCAGGGGUACAGCCAGGACUUGUUAUUCCCACUCCCAAAAUUAGCUUGCCAACUCCAGGCAACAGAAGAGAAAGGAGGCAGAAGAUAAGCGGUCUAGUGGUAAGAGGUUGGAGAGAAGAUCAUAGAGUCGUCCUUUUGUCGAGCCUUAACAUCUGUAUCAACAUGGUCAUUAACAUUUAA